GAGUCUCCCGCGCUUUCGUGGACAUAUAAAGGAGGGUUUGCGCUGUUUGAGUCACAAUUUCUCUGAUUUUGUCAGACAAAUCUAGUAAAAAUUAACCAUGUCAGGAAGAGGCAAAACCGGCGGAAAAGCCCGCGCUAAGGCAAAGACCCGCUCCUCUCGUGCUGGACUCCAGUUCCCCGUCGGUCGUGUUCACAGGCUGCUGCGCAAAGGCAACUACGCUCACCGUGUGGGUGCCGGCGCCCCCGUGUACCUGGCCGCUGUGCUCGAGUACCUGACCGCUGAGAUCCUGGAGUUGGCUGGAAACGCCGCCCGCGACAACAAGAAGAGCCGUAUCAUCCCCCGCCACCUGCAGCUGGCCGUCCGCAACGACGAGGAGCUCAACAAACUCCUGGGCGGAGUGACCAUCGCUCAGGGCGGCGUGCUGCCCAACAUCCAGGCUGUUCUUCUGCCCAAGAAGACCGAGAAGGCCGCCAAGUCCAAGUAAACCACAACAACUCCACAAACAAACAAACAAAAGGCUCUUUUAAGAGCCACACACUCACUCUAAUAAAGAGCUGCUCCUCGUGUGUCUCAUCAACCUGCUCAGUAAAUAUAAACUUGACAUAAUGUUAAUGCAUAUAAAAUAUCUGAUCAAAUAAUGAUAA